ACUUUCAGGUUUGUUUGACAGACUGUUGAGUCCAAAGGUCAGGAAGUCUGUGGAGGUUCUGGUCUGGGAUGGAACCGGGACCAGGUUCAGGAUCUGGGAAGUGGAUUUACUGAGCGUGUCCGUGGUCUUCUGCUUCUGUUUGAGGUCAAAGCUGAUUUAAGUCUGUCACCCUGAACACGCCCACAAACAGCUGAGGAGGCCCCACCCCCUGAACACGCCCACAAACAGCUGCGAGGAGGUCCUGCCCCCUGAGCCCUGAACACACCCACAAACAGCUGUGUGGAGGCCCCGCCCCCUGAGCACCUGCUCACACCUGUCCACAGCAGGUGAUUGGUCAGCAGCGGACGGAGACACCGGGUACGGUGGGCUUGGCGUUGUCAUGGCGGAGGCGGGGCCUGAGCUGUUCUCGGAGCAAGAACUCACCUGUUCCAUCUGUUUGGAUCUGUUCAACGACCCGGUGUCCACGCCCUGUGGACACAACUUCUGCCAGGCGUGCAUCGGUGGUUACUGGGCGUCGACCCCCGUCUGUUCGUGUCCUCUCUGUAAACGUCAGUUCGAUGAACGUCCUCGACUCAGCGUCAACAAAGUCUUCGCCCUCAUCGCAGAUAAAUACAAAGUGGGUCGUUACGGAGCUGCGGGUUUACCGCCGCCGCCAUCGCUGAUGGACGCCGCCACUGCGGACGCCGCCAACCCGUUUGGGACGGUGGGAGGGGAGGGGCUGGAGGCGGGGUCGGGGGCGGAGGUGGUGUGGUGCGACGUGUGCACAGGUGUGAAGCGUCCGGCCACCGCCUCCUGCCUCACCUGCACCGCCUCCUACUGCACUGAGCACGUGCAGCCGCAUCACAGUACGCCAUUCUACGCCAAACACCCGCUGAUGGACCCGCAGGAGGCGCUGAGGGGCCGCACAUGCUCAGAACACCGCCGCCUGCUGGAGGUGUACUGUCGGACCUGUCAGCGCUGUAUCUGCGCCAUCUGCGUCCUGGAGGAACAUCGAACGCACAAAACCGUGUCCGUCCAGACGGAGCGACUCAGCAAACAGAAACAGGUUGCGAGGACGGAGCAGGAGAUCCUGAACCGGAUCAAAUCCAAGGAGAUCCACCUGUUGGAGCUGAAGAGGAAACUGGAUGGGGUGAAGAACUACGCUGACAGUGAACGGGGUGAAGUGGAACACCUGCUGGACCAGGUUUCGGCCUCUCUGGACCGGAUCCGGUCUCAGGUGGUGGGCGGGAUCCAGAACCAGCUGGACUCUGUGAUGUCAAAAGGGGAGGGGCUUGUGAGCAGACUGGAGGCGGAGCUUAGCCAGCUGACGGACAGGAGGGCCACGCUGGAAGUCCAGGCCAUCAGUCAGGACCACAUCAGCUUCCUACAGAGCUUCGAGGACGCAGUGUCUCUUGUGGACGAGCAGCAGACCGACCAGGACCAGGACCAGGACCAGGACUUGUCGGUCCACUUCCAUCUGUCGGAGGUCAAGAGCUCCCUGAUGGAGGUCAAGGACAAGAUGGAGGACAUCCGGACGGGGGACACCCGGUCCCGAGGGUCCGCCGGGUCCUUUUCGUCGGGGGAGGUGACGCCGGCAGAGAGCAUGCUCAGUCUGAGAGGAAGCAGCGCCAACCUGAGGAAGAGCCAGUGGACGCUCAGAGAUUUAAAGAAGCUCAAACCAGUGUCAGGACACAAGAAGGCCCGUGUCUACAUGGAGGAUGUGGUCCUGAACCCGGUCACGGCGUACCCGUUCCUCAUCCUGUCCGAAGACCGGAAGCAGGUGAAGCGAGGAGAGAAGCUCCAGUUCUACAGAAACAGUCCGCACCGCUUCGACGUCUGGUCCUGUGUCAGCGCCAAGGAGGGCUACGCCGCAGGACGCCACUACUGGGAGGUGUUUGUAGGCGACAGUAAGGACUGGAAAGUGGGCGUGGUCUCAGAGUCGGCCCAGAGGAAAGGUCUGUUCGACAUGAGUCCAUCCAACGGAUACUACGCCAUCUGGUGGAGCGGAAGCCAACUGAGAGCACUGACCGCACCGCCGCUCACCAAGGUGAAGGCGCCGCCGAAGCUGCGUCAGGUGGGCGUGUUCCUGGACGUGGACGAGGGUCAGGUGACCUUCUACAACGUGAAGACGGGCUCCGAGGUCUACAGCUUCAACGCCAACGCCGAGUUCACCGACAGGAUGUUCCCUCUGCUCGGAACCGGAGACAAGGACGUCCCCCUGGUCCUGGUGACGGCGCAGCAUCAGCUGACCUGAGGGGCGGGGCCAAGGAAGGAGGGAGGAAGGGAGUGAGGGAGGGGAGGGGCGGGGCCAGCAUGGGAACACCUGCACAAACGUCAACACAUAUGGACUGUCCUGUAAAACCACAAGGAGGCGAAGGGCGGAGCUGUGGUUAUGGAACUUCAGGAAUUCAGAUCCUUAAAUUUCAGUGCAAAAAAAAAUCAGCACUUGAAAUUCAAUGGCUUUCAUAAUUCAAAUCUAAUGACACAGGUUUACUUCCAUAAUAAUUUAAUAAUAGAAUAUAAGGUGAUAAAUCACUGAAGAAAAAUUAAAAAUAGGGGAAAAAAAUUCCUUUGGGAACUGACACAGUAGUACUGGGUCUGUAGGGCUUAAACAGGGUUAAACAGGCUUAAACAGGCUUAAACAGGGUUAAACAGGGUUAAACAGGGUUAAACAGGGUUAAACAGGCUUAAACAGGGUUAAACAGGGUUAAACAGGCUUAAACAGGCUUAAACAGGGUUAAACAGGGUUAAACAGGCUUAAACAGGCUUAAACAGGCUUAAACAGGCUUAAACAGGGUUAAACAGGCUUAAACAGGGUUAAACAGGGUUAAACAGGCUUAAACAGGCUUAAACAGGCUUAAACAGGGUUAAACAGGCUUAAACAGGGUUAAACAGGCUUAAACAGGGUUAAACAGGCUUAAACAGGCUUAAACAGGCUUAAACAGGGUUAAACAGGCUUAAACAGGGUUAAACAGGCUUAAACAGGGUUAAACAGGGUUAAACAGGGUUAAACAGGCUUAAACAGGGUUAAACAGGCUUAAACAGGGUUAAACAGGGUUAAACAGGGUUAAACAGGCUUAAACAGGGUUAAACAGGCUUAAACAGGGUUAAACAGGGUUAAACAGGGUUAAACAGGCUUAAACAGGGUUAAACAGAGUGAGGGGUCGGGGUCGGGGGUGGGGGGGUGGGUGGGGGGGUGGACAGGGCUCAGUUUGUGCUAAUGAACGUAUGUUGUUAGCUUGUUUACUGAUGACACUGAAUGUAAAAGUGUUUGAAUCUCGCACUCAUUGAACACGUUGAAAUGCGAACGUCGGUGUUUUUUAUGCGACAGCUGUGAUUGGUCCAAAAUGGCUGACGUGCGUUUGUUACUGUUUGUUUCUUUUUCAGGCGAAUCAAUGUUUGAAAAAUUUAAAUUAAUAAAAGUCUUGACAGAAAAUGGUGUUAAAUGUUGGUUUCAUCCAGAUUUAAACGAUUGUUGAGUUUAAAGUGAAACUGGGUAACCAUUAAAGCAGCUGUUUGAGACUGGU